CAGUCUUGCUCCGAGAUUGCCCCGUUGGUCGCAGUAUAUUAUGCUCUCUGUCUGAACAGUGCUCUAGUUUCUUUGCGUUUAUUUCCUCUUUCCCUCUCAAAACCUCUGCCUAUACAAAACCAUGUCUACAGAAUCAGCCAGUGCAAUUCUCAGAAGCCAAGUUGAUCUAGUAGACUUCAUUGAUUGGUCUGGAGUUGAAUGCCUCAAUCAAAACUCCAGCCACUCUCUUCCCAAUGCUCUCAAACAGGGAUAUAGAGAAGAUGCUGGUUUGAAUCUAGAGAGCGAUGCGGAUGAGCAGCUGUUGAUCUAUAUACCUUUCACUCAAGUUGUUAAACUGUACUCUGUUGUUGUCCAGGGACCUGAAGAAGAAGGUCCCAAGACUGUAAAACUUUUCUCAAACAAGGAGCAUAUGGGAUUUAGUAAUGUCAAUGACUUCCCUCCUAGUGACACUGCAAUUUUAUCUUCAGAUAAUCUCAAGGGACAACCAGUAGUCUUGAAGUAUGUUAAGUUUCAGAAUGUUCGCAGUUUGACAAUAUUUAUUGAAGAUAACCAGUCAGGUUCUGACAUCACGAAAGUUCAAAAGGUUGCUCUAUUUGGGACAACGGUGGAAACUACAGACAUGAAGGGCUUGAAGAAGAUUGAGGAUCAUUGACAUUGAAGGGGGUGUUAAAGAAAGGGUUGAAGUUUCUAGCAACCACCGUUAAAUUUGUUAUUUGUGUUUUCCCAAAGUUCCAACCAUUUAUCAUACAAUAUCAAAAGAUUUUGGUGCCUGAAAGUUUUUGGCUGUUGUUUCAAUCUCGUGUCCUGGAAAUCUGCCAGUUAUUAUACAAUUGAAUGAUUGCAUCUGAGGCAUGUCUUACUUGGUUACAUGUGCCUUAGAGAUGGGUUGUAACUUGGUACAUCAAGUGUUUUCUGAUACAAAAACUUGAUAUUAGCCUAGGAGAAAUUUUAGCUUAGGUCAUGCUUGUGGUUGUGGCCUUACAGCAUGAGUUUCUCAACCGUAUCAAACUGACGAACUCUUUUCCUAGUUAUGAAUUUUACAAGCAGCUUCUUUAAAACA